UUAUCGUCCUGUGCCAUUAUUAUGUUCCGUCAACUAAUAUAUGUAGUGGUGUAAACAGCAUUAUGAGAAAGAAAAAUAGUGCAAGAAAGCGAGAAUGCAGCGAAAUAUAUUAUCCAGGACUUUGUUGGCGAACAGUACAGAUGACUGUAUUAGUGUGGCUGGUGUGCAACUUAUUUUACGCAGUUUAUAUUUUACGAUCCCAGAAAAACAAACCUUGCAAAUGCACAAAUACAUUAAAACUAAAAUGGAAUCUUUAACUAAAAUGGAAUCUUUUAAAACAUAGAAAGCAGCGACAAGCACCAGUUACCAAGUUAGACGUAGAAAGAACAAAGCUUACUAUGGAGCUGAAAAGAGAUGUUGAGCUUUGGUGGAAAACAAUCAAAGCAGAGUUACUUGAGUUUAAAAAAUCCUCUCGCAAAGGAAAGACACACAAAUUUAAAAGACGAAAGCUACGGGAACAAUACAUGGCACUGGAAAUCAAAAUGGAAAACGUCGCAAGCUUUGAUGAGGAAUGGCAAAAACAACUUUCAAAUAAAACUGCGAAAAAUGUAGAGAAAACGAUCGACAGAUUGCAGAAUCCAAAACGAUGUGACCAGUAUGGUCAGCUUUAUGUUAAAGUGGCAGAAUGUGGUUUUGGAUGCAUAAUGCACGAUCUUACCAACAAGUUGAAUAUUGCCACUUCGUAUAACAAAACAAUGAUUUUGCAAACCUCAACGUCUAUCUACACGAGAUCACAAAUCAUGAGCGACAUCUUGGAACCGAUCAGCAAAAAAUGCCAAGUUCCUAUUAAAGGAAAAUGGGUUGAACCUUAUAAGUUUUCGGAUUUAACAAAAAACAAAUUGUGUUUUAUUAAACGUCAAAUAUCGGGUCGUGCCUACGCGUUCCGGUAUCCCGUAUUCACUGACGAGAUGUGGGGCAACGUUGAAGCGUUUCACUCAGACCCAAUGGGCUGGUGGAUUUCGCAAAUGCUCAAAUCCUUGUUUAAACCGAAACCAAAGUUACAAGAAAGGAUGGAUUAUUACGCGGAAAAUGUUGACUUCUCAUCACCAAUCGUGGGUGUGCAUGUAAGACGUACCGAUAAAUUAACGGACGAUCGAGAGUUCGCUGUGUUUCGACCAUUGUCCGAAUUCAUGAAACACGUUGAGGAAUGGUACGACAAAUAUGAUCUUCGUCAAGCAGGACUUGGCAACAAUCUUAAAGUCGAACAAAGAGUUUAUUUGGCUUCUGAUGACCUGGCUGUAUGGGAUGAAGCGAAAAUCUUCGACAAAUACACCUUCUUUGGCAACAAGGAAUUCACGGAGCGAGCAAGUGAAAUUAAAACAAGGGACACGAAAUCUGGGUUAGAGGAUAUUAUCAUUGAAGCAACUCUGCUUUCCAAAUGUAACUUCUUUGUUGGAACUCUCUCUUCAGAGAUUGGACAACUGGCAAUUGAAAUGAAGCAGUCAACACAACUGCAAGAUGUGUUUUACGACGUAAGGUCUCUGGAAUAUGAAUAUGGACUUAUUGAGGGCCCAAAGAAACUACAACUAGUCGUAUACAACAGCACUAAACCGUUAAGACACGAUGAAAUCGUAUUGCUCUGUGGUGAUCUAAUGAUCUUGGAUAGAAAAAACUUUAACGGUUACUACUAUGGGACAAAUGUCAUGACCGGAAAAAAGGGUUUUACAAAACUCACUUAGUUCAAAACUUGCCGGCAUUAUUGGAUAUGCCGAAUGCUGCGCUUAUGGUGAUGCUGGUGCAGAUUUAUGGAGAAAACAUAGCGUGGUUAACUGAUUUCAUUAUGAAAGAAAAAUGAUUCGAAACUGAGGUACGCAACUGAUAAUUUCAACGUAUGCCACAAGUCUAAAGUUGGAUGGAGACUGAGUACUAUGAUAGUUUAUUGAAAUGUGCCAGCAUUUGAAAAAAGUCUUGUGUUUAUAUCACGAAGGUGGAAAAACUAAAAUGAGUUUGUGUCUCGUACAUUUCUCGUUUAUUGAAACAGUUAUUGCAAUGCACAAAAAAAUAAAUAUAUGUAAAAAAAUAAACUUUGCAAAGAUUGUCUCAACAUAAUGUAGAGGUAAAUAUCAGUAAAGGAAUCUUUUGCACAGUAAAGUAGAGUGGGGGAAGAUGGGACACUUAAGCACACAUUGUCAUAUAUUUCCAAAUUUAAACUACAUGGCGCUUUUUGGGUGAUACACCAUGAGUUAAUACUAUCAUUUCUUUAUUA